CUGUCAGCCUGCCUGCGAGAAGGGAACCCAGUCGGUUCGGGCGCCGGGUCCUCUUUUCUGGCGCAUAAUAGACGGAUUGGGCUGCUCGGCGCUUCCGUCCCCGCGGGAAGGAGCCGUUUUCUCGGGCGGUCGACUGCCCGGGACUCCGAGGAGCCCCGGUCGGGGCCGCGUCCCGACUCGUGACUCUUCCCGGGUGACCAUUCAUGUGGCUGCCUCUGAAGAAAGGAGAAUGGCGUUCAGCAAAGGAUUUCGGGUCUAUCACAAAUUGGACCCCCCACCUUUCAGCCUCAUAGUGGAAACCAGGCAUAAGGAAGAAUGUCUCCUGUUCGAGUCUGGGGCUGUAGCUGUGCUCUCAUCUGCAGAAAAAGAGGCAAUCAAGGGUACAUACUCCAAAGUACUGGAUGCUUAUGGACUCUUAGGUGUUUUACGAUUAAAUCUUGGUGAUACUAUGUUACAUUAUCUGGUCCUAGUCACUGGAUGUAUGUCUGUUGGAAAAAUUCAAGAAUCUGAAGUUUUCCGAGUUACUUCCACUGAAUUUAUAUCACUACGAAUUGAUUCUUCAGAUGAGGACCGCAUUUCAGAAGUGCGAAAAGUUUUGAAUUCAGGAAACUUUUAUUUUGCAUGGUCUGCAUCUGGAGUCAGUUUAGAUCUGAGUCUUAAUGCACACCGUAGCAUGCAAGAACACACAACUGAUAAUAGAUUUUUCUGGAAUCAGUCUUUGCACCUGCAUCUCAAGCACUAUGGUGUGAAUUGUGAUGACUGGUUAUUACGCCUCAUGUGUGGGGGAGUAGAAAUCAGAACAAUUUAUGCUGCUCAUAAACAGGCAAAGGCUUGCCUCAUUUCCAGACUAAGCUGUGAACGAGCUGGGACCAGGUUUAACGUCCGGGGAACAAAUGAUGAUGGUCACGUCGCUAAUUUUGUAGAAACAGAACAGGUUGUGUACUUAGAUGACUCUGUGUCUUCCUUCAUACAAAUCCGGGGGUCUGUCCCAUUGUUCUGGGAGCAACCGGGAUUGCAGGUGGGAUCUCAUCGUGUCCGUAUGUCAAGGGGAUUUGAAGCCAAUGCACCUGCUUUUGAUAGGCAUUUUAGAACACUUAAGAAUUUAUAUGGUAAACAAAUAAUAGUAAAUUUGCUUGGCUCUAAGGAGGGUGAACAUAUGCUAAGUAAGGCUUUCCAGAGUCAUUUGAAAGCUUCUGAACAUGCUGCUGAUAUCCAGAUGGUGAAUUUUGACUAUCAUCAAAUGGUUAAAGGAGGAAAGGCAGAAAAAUUACAUAGUGUUCUUAAACCUCAAGUCCAAAAGUUUCUAGAUUAUGGAUUUUUCUAUUUCGAUGGAAGUGAAGUUCAAAGAUGCCAGAGUGGUACAGUCCGAACAAACUGCUUGGAUUGUCUCGACAGAACAAAUAGUGUGCAGGCAUUCCUUGGCUUAGAGAUGCUUACUAAACAGUUGGAAGCUCUUGGCUUAGCUGAAAAGCCUCAGUUGGUGACUCGCUUUCAAGAGGUUUUUCGGUCAAUGUGGUCUGUAAAUGGUGAUUCAAUCAGUAAGAUAUAUGCAGGGACUGGAGCUCUUGAAGGAAAGGCUAAGGCCGGAAAGUUAAAAGAUGGUGCUCGUUCUGUUACCCGAACGAUUCAGAAUAACUUCUUUGACAGCUCCAAGCAAGAGGCCAUUGAUGUUUUGCUGUUGGGAAAUACUCUAAAUAGUGAUUUGGCUGACAAAGCUCGAGCACUUUUGACUACUGGAAGUUUGCGUGUUUCUGAACAGACGUUACAGUCAGCAUCUUCUAAAGUACUAAAGAGCAUGUGUGAGAAUUUCUACAAGUAUUCCAAGCCCAAGAAAAUUCGAGUGUGUGUUGGAACCUGGAAUGUGAACGGUGGGAAGCAGUUUCGCAGUAUAGCUUUUAAGAAUCAGACACUCACUGACUGGCUUCUUGAUGCACCCAAGUUAGCUGGCAUCCUGGAGUUUCAAGAUAAAAGAAGUAAGCCAACUGAUAUAUUUGCAAUUGGUUUUGAAGAAAUGGUAGAGUUGAAUGCUGGAAACAUUGUGAAUGCAAGCACAACGAAUCAGAAGCUCUGGGCUGUGGAGCUUCAGAAGACUAUCUCCAGAGACAACAAGUAUGUGCUGCUGGCUUCUGAGCAGUUGGUGGGCGUCUGUCUGUUUGUUUUUAUCAGACCACAACAUGCUCCUUUCAUCAGGGAUGUUGCAGUUGAUACUGUGAAGACAGGAAUGGGAGGUGCAACUGGAAAUAAGGGAGCAGUUGCAAUACGGAUGCUAUUCCAUACAACAAGCCUUUGCUUCGUCUGUAGCCACUUUGCUGCAGGGCAAUCACAAGUCAGAGAAAGAAAUGAAGAUUUUGUAGAAAUAGCACGAAAAUUGAGUUUUCCGAUGGGAAGGAUGCUAUUUUCACAUGACUAUGUGUUUUGGUGUGGUGAUUUCAACUAUCGAAUCGAUCUCCCUAAUGAAGAAGUUAAAGAGCUUAUAAGACAGCAAAACUGGGAUUCUCUUAUAGCAGGAGACCAACUUAUCAAUCAGAAAAAUGCUGGGCAGAUUUUUAGAGGAUUUUUAGAAGGAAAAGUAACCUUUGCUCCGACAUAUAAAUAUGACCUGUUUUCUGACGACUAUGACACCAGUGAAAAGUGCCGCACCCCUGCAUGGACAGACCGCAUCCUCUGGAGGAGAAGGAAGUGGCCCUUUGAUAGAUCAGCUGAAGAUUUAGAUCUUCUAAAUGCUAGUUUUCAAGAUGGAAGCAAAAUCCUCUACACGUGGACUCCUGGCACUCUGCUGCACUACGGAAGAGCUGAGCUGAAGACUUCUGACCAUAGGCCUGUCGUUGCCAUGAUUGAUAUAGAUAUAUUUGAAGUUGAAGCUGAAGAGAGGCAAAACAUUUAUAAAGAAGUAAUUGCAGUUCAGGGUCCACCAGAUGGUACAGUAUUGGUCUCAAUCAAAAGUUCUUUACCAGAAAAUAAUUUUUUCGAUGAUGCUUUGAUUGAUGAGCUUCUGCAGCAGUUUACAAAUUUUGGUGAAGUUAUACUCAUAAGAUUUGUAGAAGAUAAAAUGUGGGUUACAUUUUUGGAGGGAAGCUCUGCCUUGAGUGUUCUGAACCUAAACGGUAAAGAGUUACUGGGGCGGACUAUAACUAUUACUUUAAAAAGUCCAGACUGGAUCAAAAAUUUGGAAGAAGAAAUGAGUUUAGAGAAAAUGAGCGUUCCAUUGCCAUCAUCAACCAGCUCUACCCUGCUUGGUGAAGAUGCAGAAGUUGCGGCCGAUUUCGAUAUGGAAGGCGACGUUGAUGACUAUAGUGCUGAAGUAGAGGAGAUUCUUCCUCAGCAUCUCCAGCCGUCUUCAAGUUCUGGCCUUGGCACUUCCCCAAGCUCUUCACCGCGGACCAGUCCCUGCCAGUCACCUACAAUCUCAGAGGCUCCUGUACCUUCCCUUCCCAUAAGACCGAGUCGAGCACCGUCAAGAACUCCUGGGCACCCAACGUCGCAAAGUACUUUUUCAGGUUCUCCUGUUGACACCCUGCAAGCAACACAGCCACAGCAGAAGGAUUCUUCCCAGACCCUGGAGCCCAAGCGGCCGCCGCCUCCCCGCCCGGUUGCUCCUCCGGCACGGCCAGCUCCCCCACAGAGACCGCCUCCACCUUCAGGGUCUAGGAGUCCUGCACCUUCUAGAAAAGAAUUUGGAGGUAUUGGAGCCCCUCCCAGUCCUGGGGUAGCUAGGCGAGAGAUGGAAGCACCCAAAAGCCCUGGAACAACGCGGAAAGAUAAUAUAGGACGCAAUCAGCCUUCACCUCAGGCAGGACUCGCAGGCCCGGGGCCAGCUGGAUACAGUGCAGCCAGACCGACCAUUCCGCCCCGUGCUGGAGUCAUCAGCGCUCCACAGAGCCACGCUCGGGCAUCCGCCGGAAGACUGACUCCUGAGAGCCAAAGCAAACCACCGGAAGUGCUGAAAGGUUCACCUCUUCUUCCUGAACCACUGAAGCCUCAGGCUGCCCUUCCUGUGCAGCCUUCUCUGCCCCCACCUGUUCAAAAGAUGCAGGAGCCUCUUGUCCCUGUGGCAGCACCUAUGCCUCAGUCUGCCCCGCAGCCAUACCUGGAAACCCCGCCACAGCCACCACCUCGGAGCAAGUCGUCCCACGGCUUGCCUUCAGAACCUCCCUCGCAGCCGCAGGUAAAAACAAAUGGAGUGUCUGCUGUCAGACUGGAAUCGCCAUUAAAGAGUGACCCAUUUGAAGAUCUGUCAUUUAAUCUGCUUGCUGUAUCAAAGGCUCAGUUACCUGUCCACACAUCACUUGUUCCAACCCCAGACCUGAAGAGGUUGAUUCAGUCACCUUCUGCAACACAAAGUAACAUUAAUACUUUGAGUUCUGCAAGUUGCAUGCCAACAAUGCCUCCAAUUCCAGCCCGGAGUAAAUCCCAGGAAAAUAUGCGAUGUUCACCAAACCCAUUUAUUACGAGCUUGAGCAGCACAAACCCUUUCACUGACAGGACUGCUGCUUCUGGAAACCCAUUUCGAGCCGAGUCUCAAGAAUCAGAGGCAACUUUAUGGUUCUCCAAAGAAGAGCCUGUUGCUAACACUCCUUUCCUUUCUCUGAAGCCUCUUGGUCAUAACAAAAGCAAGCCUUUAUCUUCAUUUGAUGGCUUUAAGGACGGUUUUGAUCAGCAGGGCCAGUCUAUGGUAAAAAAUAGCAACCCAAAAGGAUGGGUAACCUUUGAGGAGGAAGAGGACUUUGGUGUGAAAGGGAAGUCAAAGUCAACUUGUGGUCCAGACUUACUGGGUAAUCAGCCACGCGCAUCUUCUGGCUCCAGCGUGACCUUUGAUAAUGACUGGAGUAAAGGUACAAAUGUUUCUUUCUGUGUGUUGCCGUCAAGAAGACCACCUCCACCUCCUGUCCCUCUGCUCCCACCUGGUACCACCCCACCAGUAGAGCCUGUCACAACUUUGGCAUCUAAGGCAUCACCCACACUAGACUUUACAGAAAGAUAAUGGUACACACUAGGAAACAGUGGUCUUUUUAGUUUUGGCAGGGUAGAGCCAAAAGGAUUGGGCAUUAGUUAGUCAUUAUGUGCAAUAAGUAAUUGUUAAGUGCACUGAUGUCGUCAUGAAAUACCACUAUUUAAUGUGUACAAAGUUGGAAUAUGUGUAUAUUGGAAAUAAGGAAAAAUCCUUCUCAUUAUUAACUGGAGUUUUGGUGUGUUUAUGCUUGGAUAAAUAAGAGAGUAGUAGCCAUAAAAAGUGCUCAAAACUACUUUAGAAAAUAGUCCUUAUUCAGAAAUUCUUUCUCGGUCUUCUCUGAAGAAUCUCAAAAAGCCCAAACAACUUCUAGCUGACAUUACUGCCAGCCCUUUGGUACUUGUUAACAAUCAGUAUUUGUAAGUUUUUACUAGAGAGCUAUCAAAGUUAUACUGAAAGAGAAGUUUGAAAGGCACUGCUUUAAAAAAAAAUAUGUAUACGUGUGCACACACACAUGCACACAUAUAUACAUUUACAUAUUUAUAAAAUUCAUAAUCUAAGUUCUAGGAUAUAACACAGACCAAAUUUUUACCUGAAAGUUCUAACAGAGUUGUUUUUUCAGUAUUUCAUUAUCAGAAGGAUGGCUAUAAAUGGAAUUUGGACAUUUCAUUAAUUUUCUUUCCAUGACUAGAAUAAUCUCACUACAGAACCGGAACUUCCUACCAUCCCCACACCCUGCCCCUUCAACCACGCACGUAACGUCCAUCCUUGUUACUUUCCACUCCAGCACCUCCAUAUGCUUUGCUCUGGGAGGAGGUUCUUGCAGCUGGAAGCAGCAUAUUCUGUGGUCACUGUCAUGUAGACAAACACUCCAGCCCUUUCAAAAAGUGCUAUGGCCUUGUAGGCGGGAAGGCACGUGCCACCAAGUUCAGUGAGGAAUCUUAGAGCGAAGCGUCCUCUCCUUUCUCGGUACGUUAAGGGAUCUGUUUUCAUUUCCCUCCCACACUGGCUGCUUUUGCCCUGGAACUCGGUCAGCAGGGAAAGCAGCAGUCCACAGAGUGUUUUGAAUUUGGGGUCUGCUCAGUGUCCGCUCUCUCCCCUAGAGCUACAGAACACAUCUGUGAUGCUGCUUUACGUUUUUAGAGACUGCAUCUCAAGUUAGCUGUGGAUUUUGUCUCCUGCACUGCCAAUAUGCAACUGAUCCUGCUUUUAUUAAUUUUAUGAAGAAGUACACAGAAUUUUUACAGAAUGUAGUAUUUUGAUAUCAUUAAGUAAUCCCAAUCAGAAAACUCCUUGAGCAAUAUUGUUUUGUUGUCAGUUUAAGUUAAAAUCAUCUUUACCCAUUAAGACUUCUAUGAACAUUCCUUUUAUAUAGAGUUGUAGGCAUCCACAUUGUCCACAUUUAACCUUUGAAGAUGUGCAUGGGAGGGCUAUCAGAAAUAGAGUUCAUGGCUAAGAAUCUGUGAAACGUGAAAGCACAGCAAACCGCAUUGCACUUAACCACGUAGAGCACAUCGAGUAGGAAAGCACUUUUCUAAAUGCUCAAAUGUUAUCAAAAUACUAUAUUUAUAGAAGUAAUCCUCUCUCUGUUAACAGCCAGGAUUUGCUGUUAGAAAUAACUCUCACGAGUUUUAUAUUGUGCUUUUUUGGGGGUUCUAUUCAUUUCAGCAGUAGUAUAUUUUAAACAGCAGUAUUACUCUAAGCAUUGUGCUUCAAAAUGUGAAUUAACUUGUUGAAACUGUGGCUUUAACACCUAUAUGAUUAAUGUAAAUGGCAUUUGCUCUCCAUUAGCAAAUAAUUCAUGAGAAACUUCCCUAGUGCAGACUGCAGUUCUGUGAGCAAUGUUUCCUAUUAAAUAUUAACUACUGUUGAAAAUAUACAUAUCAUGCAGCAGCUCUGCCUUUAUCAGGAAAAUUAUAUUUGGCAAGUUGCUGAAAGGGUACAAAGUUAUGAAAGUUAAAGGUAUGCUGCAAAUAACUAGCCAUUAUUCUGUGUAUUAUUACAAUAUUUACGAGUUCUCUUAAAAGCAGAGCAGAAAUCAGACACUAAGGAUCUCUUCGUGAAUUCCUCGUUCUCCAUAGUAGAUUGCUGUUUAUAUGUAAGAAUUUUAUUGCUUAUGUGGCAUACAGUAUUUAUAACUAUAUACUUUAUAGAAGUACAGUAUUAAAGUCAGUGGUAUACAAACACUCUGUACAUAUCCUGUGAAAUGUGCUGUCAUAUGAAAUAAAUAUACCUGUCUUUACCAUAUUGA